AUGCAUGACGUCCAGGAGAAGCCCGACUCUCGACCCGCUGAUACUACCGAGUCUCGCCAGCCGGCGAAACAGCCUCGUCUGAGCAAGAAGGCUCGUAUGCGCCGAAAAGACCACACACAGCCAAAAUCCCGCCCGGCAAGGGCACAUAACCCCACUCCGCUCAUGAAGGCCACCCUGCCCCGUCGACCCAUCAUCUUGUCUCAGCCCCAGCAGCCCCCCUCCUUGGACCUUGCGACAGCUCAACAAGCCGAGCUCGACAAUUUGCGCACGCAGCUUCGCGACGCCAGAGCAGAAUCAAAGACGUACGCCGACGCCAACGCUGAGCUCACUCGCCGCGCCCUGGCUGCCGAGCGGGAGUCGCAAGUCUCAGCCCGUGCCCGCGCUCAAGCAGAACACGACGCCAGUGUCUAG